ACAGACUUAUGCAACAACCAAUCAUCUGAUAAAUCCCAUCCUUUUAUAGAUACUCAUUUCAUCAUGGCCUACUCAAAUGCUAUUGAUCAUUCUGCGGUCAUGCAGCUGCGAAUAGCCAUGCCACGAUUUCGAGUAAUCUCAGUCGACUCCGCUACAACGGCUCCUAUGAAUCAAGCUGAUCCAAGUGCAGUAAAUGACCAUCGAUGGUGGAGUAGGUACAUUGAAACCAGCAACCACAGAUAUAUGCAUUUCAUGCCCGGUGCAAGGUUUCGCUUUCACGGUUUCGCUGUGGCUCCAGGAAAACGAUAUGUUUUCUUCAGUGAAGUGGCCAAGGAAGUAGUGAACAAAGUCAGCUGGUGGUCAGAUGAACAAACAAAGGUUGUCUACGCUCGCGUGGCACGGGUAUGCACAGGUGACCCUGGUUUCCAAAUGUCCAAUACUGGUCCAAACUACUUCACAUCAUUUUUCAAAGCCCGCUUGAUUUGUCGCGUACGUGGGUCUCAUCAAUCUGUCAGUGAUAAUCCAUCAGCCUACAGCCAUGAUGCUGAAUUCAACCACUUGGUUGCGGUGACUCAGUUCCAAGAAUCAUCUCAGAGUACGUCCGAAUCCACAGUUUACGGGCUAUUUUCGAUGAUUGACUCAGGCUCUCCCCCUUCGACACUGAGGAACGUUGAAUUGAUUGGGCCAAUGGCAUUGUGUGCCUAUCGGCUUUCGGAGGUGGACCGCGUGUUCCGUACGAGUGAUCUCAUCCAAAUACUCCCGCGGCAUCCCGAGUCUGGUCCGCCAGCCACCGCGUCUGACCACAAUGGAACAAACCUCACUACAACCGCUGAAUCUUCUCAUGCAUUUAUUCCAUACUGGGGAUCUCGCAGUGCAUUUAGACGUAUCAGGCGUAUCCAGGACGCAGGAUCAGCAACAAUGACUGAUGUACGUAUUGAGGCUAGCAAAAACUCUUAA